UAAACCCGAAGUGACGUCAAUGACGUUUUGUUGACAUUUGUUUGUGAAAGACAAAAACACUGGACACACACGGGACGGUGCAUUUCUGGAGACAGACCCCCGCACGGACCGAGGAGCAGCGGGUCGUCGUUUGAAACGCAGCCGCGUGUGUUGAAGGAGCCGCGGCCGCUGGUUGGAGCGGAGACGGAGGAAGAUCCAGAGCAGAUGGAACAAAACAAACCGUCGUCACCCUGACUACACGAGAGAGAGGCUGAAUCAUUCGCAGGCUAACCAGCCAGCUCACAGCUCCUCACACACUCAGCGUACGUACAGGCGUUGUGUGUUUAUUUAUUGUUAACAGUGUGUCCGUCUUCUUAUUUUUUUAAAAACCGCUUCCAAGUGUUCCACAUCCUGUCGCGGCAGCCUUGGGUUACACAAGCCCCGUCCGUCACACUAGCAAGUUAGCAAGCUAAUGAUAGCCGCGGCUAACGCUACCCUAACUUGAAGUGCUGGAGGAACCAGCUGCAGCAUGUAGCCGGGGUCCCGACUCUGGAUUCGUUGCAGACUGUGUUGAGCACACAAGCAGCCGUCAGCUGGGACACACCUGGAGAAUGUGAAGCACAAUGGCCAACUUUGAAGCUUACCAGGAGUACCAGAGGAUUGAGGACUUCGAGGAGGACUCGCCACCGGGCGAGGAGGAUUUACUGGUGCAUGUGCCCGAAGGCCUGAAAGAUUCAUGGCACCAUAUCAAGAACCUGGAUAAUUUCUUCACCAGGAUCUAUCAUUUUCAUCAGAAGAAUGGCUUCGCUUGUAUGAUGUUGUCAGAGUUCUUUGAACUAGUUCAGCUUUUGUUUGUUGUCACAUUCACAACGUUCCUUGUCAACUGUGUGGAGUAUGACGUCCUGUUUGCAAACCGAGCCGUCAAUCACACUGGGUCAGGCCAGAAUCCCUUGGACAGGAACAAAGUCACUCUCCCAGAUGCCAUCCUACCUGGUCCGGAGUGCACUCAGAGAUCCUUCAUCCCAGAUGAGCAUAUGGUGUGGUGUCCAGAGCAGCUGCUGCAGUGCAUGCUGGCACACAUUCACUACAUGCCAGACCACUGGAGAGGCAACGCUAACAAGAGCGAGACCCGUGACGAGGUGGCGCAGCUGUUCCAGUACAAAGCGGUUUUCAUCUUGGAGGAGUUACUCAGUCCCAUCGUCACACCCUUCAUUCUCAUCUUUAUUUUGAGAAACAAGUCUCUCGAAAUCAUUGACUUCUUCAGGAACUUUACCGUAGAGGUAGUGGGAGUUGGAGACAUCUGUUCCUUUGCACAGAUGGACAUCAGACGCCAUGGAAACCCAACAUGGAUGUCAGAGGGCCAGACGGAGGCCUCUGUGUACCAACAGGCUGAGAAUGGCAAGACAGAAUUGUCCCUCAUGCAUUUCACCAUUAAGAACCCGCGCUGGCAGCCGCCACAGGAGAGCUCCGUGUUUAUCAGCCAUCUGAAGGAGAAAGUGCAGCAUGAUGCACAGAGUGGACCCUCCACCCAGCUACUGCUUUCUGAGGCUCCUCUCUGCACCUCACUGGAAUCCAAUGGGUCUGCCACUGUGCCUGAUAAUCUGUUGGCCAGUGUCUUGGCCCACCCCAUUCUAACUGCAUCUGGACUACAAGGACGCGACCAUCACUUCAUCCCACCCAGCACCACCGCCUCUGCUGCUGCCAGUGUCCUGGCCUCUCUUUCCACCUCUCAGCUCGCACACACCAGCCGUGGCCGCUCCCCCGGCCUCCUGCCCUCCUCCGUCCACCCUGAGAGCACCAUGUACCGCAGUGAUCGCACCAUCAUUGAUAGUAUGACUAACAGUGAUUCACGCAUUCAGAGAAAUGCACUGCACUCAGAGUUCGCCUCCGCAGAGAUGAGUCUCCACGCCAUCUACAUGCAUGAGCUCCACCAGCAGAGCUCUCACCCACAGAGGACUUCCGGACAGUGGCAGAACUCAGUGCCAAUGAGAGAUCUGCACACAAACACUGGCUUCCAGGGGCAUAGCGACCUCGGUUCCAGCAUCUCCGUGCCCACCACUGUCCAACUUGGAGGCUGGCAAGAAGAAGAGGAGGAGGAGAAUGAAGACGAGCAGGAGAUUAACAGUGGAUCGACUCCAAAGCAGGGCACAUGAAGUAAUUGUUAAAGUGCCUUAUGCCAUAAGUGUUUACAUUGUACUUUCUUUGAUGAACAUUGUGGCCUUAGAUGAUCGUCAUGGAGAAUUUAGCAUGGACCUUUAAAACAUCACUCAUUCAUUUGUGGGAGAGGCUCGUUGAAUAACCACUGUCUCUGCACCUCCACGCCUCAUCCUGUCACGUCAGGCAGACUAUGGCAUCAGGGAAACCAUACGUCUUCCGUCCGUUUCAUCAUGACCCUCUCAUAAACUUGUACAGACAACCACAAAGUACGCAGGGCAGAGAGACGAUAGAGUGUAUUCAUAGGAUCAGUGUGUGGCGUCUUGGUCACAGCUGCAAAGACUGCAAGCCGUAUCUCAGCUGAAAAGAAAAAAAAUCUUCAGUAUUUCAAGUUGUGCUGUUUGACCCUGGUGAUUUGUAAAUACACUUUCGCAUCCUACUUAUACUUUGAAAGUCCACAUUUUUAUUACCAGAUCUAAUCCUUGAAAAAAGAAUACCAAGUAUUGAUAUGAUAGAACUGACUGUAUUAUAACCGUACUACUAAAACACAGUGCGUACCUGGUAAACGCCUCAUUGGUUUGAUAAAAUAUGUUUUAAAACUAGGCAUACACAUGCUUUGAUGCUGCUGUCUGUAUAGUGGUCUUAAGAUUUCUUUUUCAGUAUUAAUAUGUCUAGAGCUGAUCUACCAAGACAUUAUGUUUCCAGGUACAAUCGGCAUCAAAAUCUCAAUGCAGAAGAUAGAGGAUGUCUUUUUAAUUCUCUGGGCUGGACACAAAGUCAGCUUUAUGCCUUAACACCUUACGUAUCGUAGUUUACCACGGUGUUGUUGAGGAAAAACAAAUACUCUAAUCAAUACCUCUUGUGUAAAUAUACAAUAUAUACAUAUGUUUUUUUGCAGUGUACAGACACCUCUUUCAACUGCAUUUCGAUUUUUAAUUGCCUGUGUAAAUGGAACCUAUUUCAUUUUCUGGUUGUGUUUUUUUGCCCAGCAGAUGUUUUGAGUUAAAUGUCCCAAAAUUUAUCAAGAAGAAUCAAUUUUUUUUCCUUUAAAGCAAAAACAGGGUGGUAUUGCUUAAGCAAAUCUUUGUUGUGUCCUUUCCCCCCCAGAAAUAUCAUAUAAUAAUGUAACCAUGUCACAAGAGCUAAUAUCAGAGCUUGUGCAGUUUAGUAUAGCUUUAGCUUUAAUUAAUUCAGAACGAAUUUGGUAACUUCUGAACAGGACAAUUGGUCUCUGGCUUUAUAUUUACUCAGCCUUUACUUUUUUAAAUUAAGAGCAUAAAAAAAAAAAUGCUUCCCCACAAUCACCAAAUAAAAGUAUUUAUUAUCCUUUUUCCACCAGAUAUUUAAUUGAGAUAUACUUAUUAUUUAUUUGAAGAAAUUAUUUUAGAAGCUUUCUCAAAUUGUUCACUUGUUCACACAUAAAAUACAAAUGAAAAAAAAAAAAUAAACACACUAAAAGUAAUAGAAAGAAAAUACAUUUUCCAUUUGAA